UCAAACUUUAAAGUCUUAACAGGAAGUUGAUUUUAUUUGCGUAACUUGACACGUGUUCAUCCCUGCCCCGGGACUUUGGGCAGGACUUCACUGGUGAAGUAGAGGAAGGCAGGAUACCGGGAGACGAAGAGGACGCGACACACAUCUUGAAGACUAACAUUUGAGAUCCGAGUUUAAUAAUCUUUAAGAACAUGAUUUACUGCGUGCAAUGGGCGCUCUGCCUUGCAUUUCUGGUUGCAUUUGCCGCCUGCGAUGCUCCCCACAUCCCGUUAGACGAUAUCUUCAUUGAAAGAACCUUCGUGCCGGAGCAGUGCGUGCGCGCAGUCAAAGUGGGUGAUUAUGUCAGAUAUCACUACAUCGGCAUGUUUCCUGAUGGCACGAAAUUUGACUCCAGCUAUGAUCGAGGCAGCACUUACAAGUAUGUCGGUAAAAAGCAGCUGAUUGAGGGGAUGGACAAAGCUCUGGUGGGGAUGUGUGUCAACGAGCGAAGACUGGUCAAGAUUCCCCCUCACCUGGCCUAUGGCAAACAGGGAUAUGGCGACAUUAUCCCUCCGGACUCUAUUCUUCAUUUUGAUGUCCUGCUGUUGGAUGUGUGGAACCCUGAAGAUGGAGUUCAAAUCAACACCUACUACACCCCACCCACCUGCUCCAGAAAAGUAGAAGUGUCUGACUUUGUGCGCUACCACUACAAUGGAACUCUUUUGGAUGGAACUCUCUUUGACUCCAGCCAUACUCGGAUGCGUACUUACGACACCUAUGUGGGAAUUGGCUGGCUGAUUGCAGGCAUGGACCAGGGGCUGCUGGGAAUGUGUGUUGGGGAAAAACGAAUCAUUACUAUGCCCCCCUCCCUUGGAUAUGGAGAGAAUGGAGAUGGCAGUGACAUCCCAGGACAGGCCUCUCUUGUAUUUGAUGUGGUUUUGCUGGACCUUCACAACCCUAGAGAUGGGAUCACAGUGACCAAUCAGCAGGUUCCUGAACCUUGCACCAGACAGACAGUUGCUGGUGACUUUGUGCGUUACCAUUACAAUGGCAGCCUCCUUGACGGGACAUUCUUUGACUCAAGCUACUCACGCAAUCGCACCUAUGAUACAUAUGUGGGUCGCGGCUAUGUGAUUGCUGGCAUGGAUGAAGGCCUUAUUGGUGUCUGUGUCGGAGAAAAGCGCACCAUACUCCCACCACAUCUGGCCUAUGGAGAGGAAGGCACAGGCUCUAAGAUUCCUGGCUCUGCGGUACUGGUCUUUGAUGUUCUUAUCAUUGACUUCCACAACCCCUCUGACAACACUGAUGUCACGGUCACAUACAAACCAGAAGAGUGCGACAGGGAAACCAAGAAAGGAGAUUUUGUUAAAUAUCACUACAAUGCCAGUUUAAUGGAUGGUUCAUCAAUUGACUCUACGUAUAACUAUGGCAAGACAUACAACAUUGUCCUUGGAGCUAACCAGGUUGUACCAGGCAUGGAGGACGGACUGAUCGGAAUGUGUGUGGGGGAGAGGAGACAUCUUGUUAUUCCUCCUCAUCUUGGCUAUGGAGAGAGGGGUGUCACAAACGAAGUGCCUGGCAGUGCAGUGCUGGUAUUUGACAUUGAACUGGUGGAAUAUGAAGAGGGACUGCCUGAGGGUUACAUGUUUAUCUGGAAUGAGGAGGUGUCUCCGGAUCUAUUCUCCGAGAUGGAUAAGGAUGAAAACGGACAAGUGGAAUCUUCUGAGUUUACGGAUUAUAUCAUGCGUCAGGUGACAGAGGGCAAAGGACGUUUGGCCCCUGGUUUUGACCCUUACCGGAUCAUUGACAACAUGUUCUCCAACCAGGAUCGCAACGGAGAUGGGAAGAUUACGGAAAACGAGUUCAAACUAAAAGCAGAUGAGGCUGCACAUGACGAGUUAUGAGGAUUUUUAGACUUUUUUAUUUUGUGUUAUGGGGUCAAGGUUGGAACACUGAUGAAAAUCAAAUGAACAAACAAAAGGAUUAAAAAGAGUUUAGGAAGACUGUUUAAAGGUGCAUUAUGUAACUUUUCUGGUGGAGGGUCUGUUAAAUACUUUUAUUCAAGGAAAUAUCAUUGAUUUGUCUGGAAUGUUUUCAUUAAACCUUUCUAUCUUCAUUGAGACCAAUCUAGACCAAGACAAAUGUCAGAUCUGUGGAGAGGCAAACCCUGCUCACAAUGAUAAUGUCUGUUUUUCUAGGUAUUUUUAAGCUGUAAAACCACCUGUUAUCAGGGACCGACAAACGGCCUUGGACUUUUCCCCACAAAUUGGCCCACGGUGGAAACUGAGGAAGGGAGGGUUAUUAUUAUCAUAUUAGUGCCUUCUGCUGUUAGUACGGCCGGCAGCUGUUCUGCACUUUUCCAUAACCCACACAUUGCCAAUCCACCCGUGCCAAUUAUUGAAUAAAUGUAAGGUGGAGCUGUUUAAUGUUAUACAGUCGAACAUUCCAGACAGACCAAUGACAUUUUCAUAGAAACAAGCAGGUAAUGGACUGCCAACCAAAAAGUUACAUAGUGCACCUUUAAGGAUGGAAUUAUUGAUGUCACCUUAAAUGUUGUGAAUGGUUUUGAAUUACCUCUUUUUGCAUGUUGUGUUUUAAAAUAGCACAAAUAUAUGUUAAAUAAAUCAAAACAGGGCAUCUAUGUCAUGAUCUUGCACUCAGACAGUUUUCUGUAGAUGUCUCUGGGGAGAUCUUUUUAUGUUACCACUCUUGUUGACACAAACAAAUGGACUGUUACUUAGAUUAUUUUUUAUUUUAUUUUAUUGUCAGAUUGUUUGUUUAAAGAUGCACUGAGUAACAUUUCUAGAAGAGCAUCCACUUGUCUCCAUGGAAGUGUUAUUGUUUUGUCUAGAAUGUUCCACAGUAGAUUAGAUCUAUCAUGAGACAAACAGAUUACAGCGCUGCUACUUUACAGUUCAGACCUGUGGAGAGUCGUCUCUAUUUACAGAAGGAAUGAAUAUAUUUUUGAGUAAUAGAAACACUGUUAAUGAAUAAAUGAUUGAUGGAUAUGUUCAAUGUCAUACCAUGGAACAUUCCAGGAAAAGCAAUAACAUCUCCGUGGAGACAAGUAGUGAACCCUCCACCAGAAAAGUUGUACAAUGCACCUUUAAACUUUUAGAUAAAAACAGUCUCUGUACCAUAUUUUGUUUUUAUUUCCUUAUGUCUAUGUCAUCAACGUAUUCAGGACAUUGUGAAUUUUAAUGUGUGUUUGAGUGACAGGGAGAGAAAGAAGUGUGAGCAUGUGUGACAAUUUAUGUGUGAUUUUGUAUUCAGGAAUAACUUGAAAGUGUUACAACAGUGCCACAACAAUUUGAUUAAAACAUAAAAUUUGA